CGGUUGGGAGGUACUUAUCUAUUGGUAAAAACAGCUCUCUCUCUCUCACUCUCUCUCUUCUCUCUCUGUUUUAAUAUUUGAUUACACUUUUCUUUUUCUUUCGCUUAUAUAGACAGACAAAGAGACAGGGGUAACAAGGAAGUCAGAGCGAGCAGAAGAAGAAGAAGCAGUAGUAGAUCUGCGAGAGGAAGCUCUGAAGCUUUCUAGAAAUGGCGUCAAAGCUGCUUUUGAUUGCGGUAUUCAUCUUAGACAUUAUUGCUUUUGGUCUGGCUGUUGGGGCUGAGCAGAGGAGAACCAAAGGGUGGGUUGUUCAAGAUGCUGAUAAGAACUACAACUACUGCGUUUAUAAUUCAGACAUUGCAACUGGGUAUGGUGUUGGUGCAUUCUUGUUUCUUAUGGUAAGUCAGAUCAUUAUAAUGGUGGCAAGCCGAUGCUUCUGUUGCGGGAAGCCUUUAAGUCCUGGAGGAUCAAGGGCCUGGGCAGUGGUUCUUUUCAUUAUCUGCUGGGUAUUUUUCAUCAUUGCGGAGGCAUGCUUAUUGGCUGGUUCAGUUAGGAAUGCCUACCAUACCAAGUACAGGAACUUCUUCAGUAUAGACAACCCUCCAUCCUGUGAGACCGUGAGAAAAGGAGUUUUCGCAGCUGGUGCAGCUUUUGUGUUCUUAACUGCAAUAAUCUCAGAAUUUUACUAUGUAUGCUACUCCAGCGCCAGAGAAAGCUUCCAACCUUAUACAGGUAGAGAAACUGGUGUUGGUAUGGGAACCUACAAAUGAGCUUCUUGGAUGUAUGAGUAGUGACCAAUUCGCUCACUAUGUCAUAGAUGUGAUUGUCUGAACUUCCCCACAUCUUUUUUGUCCAUUACGUUUUACUUAUUUGAGACUUUUUAGUUGCAUUUACGUGGAUUGAUCUGUAUUAUAUAUAAGUUGUCUUACUAUAAUAUCUUCUCAUUAAUGUUACCAUUAAAUUUUUUUUGUUUCAUUCAUUGUUAUGCAAGUAUUGUUACAGAAAUUUGAUAGUAAAAUCAUCGGUUGUGUUA